UGCUGGUGGUACAUUUCCAGCGAUGGCCGAUCCACGCGGUCGGUGUGUAACGCCGUCGCGUGGUGUCCAGCGUUCGUGCUCCGUGCCCCGCCCUCGCUUCGUGCCACCAUCUUCAGGUGGUGGUGGUGCAUUUCCAGCGAUGGCCGAUCCACGCGGUCGGUGUGUAACGCCGUCGCGUGGUGUCCAGCGUUCGUGCUCUGUGUUUCCUGCGUCGCACUCCAGCUCAACGACAACUAGCAGCGUCCAUAGCUUGGACAAUUACGUCUUGUUGGCAACCGUCGCUGUGCUGAUUGAGGACGGGAUGGGUAAAUGGCAACGGAUCCGUUGUCUACUUGACUCUGGUUGUCAAAUCCAAGCCAUCACUGCGACUGCCGCCAAGCGGUUGAAACUAACGCUGCUACCAGGACGUUUAACUUUAAUGGGGAUUAGUGGUAAACUCCCUGUAUCGAACCAAGUCCGGACUAAAGUCAUGGCAAUUAAUGGAUCCUACCGUUUUAGCUCCAACUUCUACGUGAUACCGGAACUUAGCACGCAACCCAUUCGUAGCAUCAAGAAGGACGAAUUAAAACUUCCAGCUGGAAAACUACUUGCCGACGAGAGCUUUUGCAAUCCUGGGCCGAUUGACGCCAUACUAGGUGCCGGGAUAUGCUUCGACUCGAUUGGGGUAGGAUUCCAGCGCCUACCCAACGGCCUUAUCUUACAAAACUCCAAAUUCGGAUGGGUUAUUGGAGGUAUGCUUCGAACCAUCAUGUCUACCAGUCCCUACGAGAAGAGUUGCCACAAGGCUACGUGCAUCGAUGACCUCAAAGUGAGCCUCGAACGGUUUUGGAAUGUAGAGGAACUACCGUCUGAAGUUCCGGAUCAGACAAUGUUGAAGAACCACGAGCUUGAGGAUCACUUCAAGCGACAUAUGAGAAUCGCCGAUGAUGGGCGGUAUAUCGUCCGCAUUCCCCUACGGGGGGAGUUGAACCAACUAGGCGACUCCAUCGAGCAGGCUCAGCGACGAUUGCUGUCUUUGGAACGAAAGUUGGCCCGGCACGAACCAACCUACGUGGAGUAUCGAAAGUUCAUGCGCGAGUACCUCGAACUAGGGCACAUGGCUGUUGUCCCCGCAGGCGAACUGCAUAAGGUUCGCUACGUCAUUCCACAUUCGUGUGUGAUUAAGCCUGACUCCACCACUACCAAGCUUCGUGUAGUCUUUGACGCGAGUGCGAAAUCAUCCAGCGGGAUUUCACUCAAUGACCUCCAAGCCAUAGGUCCAGUAAUUCAGCCGGACCUCCUUCACAUAUGGUUGUACUUCAGGACGCAGACAGUGGUUGUGACGGCUGACAUAGCGAAAAUGUACCGCCAAGUCUGGGUAGCUGAACCGGACACCUGGAUGCAGUGCAUAUUAUGGCGCGAAAAGACGAGCGAUUCCGCACAAAUGUACCGGUUACGUACUGUCACGUAUGGUGAGGCUUUCUCCUCGUACCUUGCCUGUAGGGCGUUAUACGAGGCCGGCGAUGAAGUACGGUCACUUGAUCCCAAAAUCGCCGACGCCAUUCAGCGGUCAUUCUACGUGGAUAACCUGUCCUUGGGUGCUGCAACGGCAGACGAGCUACGUGCGCUUAGUUCCGGUGUGGAACGCGCGCUCAUGAAUAGAGGGAUGCCGCUGCGGAAAUGGGCAUCCAAUGAUCCUACAGUAAUUAACGAGGUGCCAGAAGAUCACCUUGAUGCUACGGUGCAAAUCGGCGAUAGGCAGGCCAUCAAAAUGCUAGGUUUAGCAUGGUGCCCUACCGAGGAUACGUUCCAGCUGAUCAUCGACGACGACUUUCACCUGCCUGUAAGCUCCCUAACCAAGCGAUGCCUGGUAGCAAGAAUCGCAAAACUGUACGAUCCGGUUGGCAUCCUGCAGCCUGUGAUCGUCACGGCAAAGAUCCUCAUGCAAGACUUGUGGCGCGACAAUCUGGCAUGGGAUGAGUGUGUACCACAUCACGCAGUGGACAAGUGGAAUGAGUUUACGGCUCAACUACCAAUCCUUCGUCAGCUUCACAUCCCAAGAAUGGCAUUACCAAGCGAAGCUGAAAAUAGUAUCCUACAUGGAUUCUGCGAUGCUUCAACAAAGGCAUAUGGAUGUGCGAUAUACGCACGCUAUGUGGAUGGUAAUGGAGACAGGCAGUCGCGACUUGUUUGCUCCAAAUCAAGAGUAGCGCCUUUAAAGCAGCUGACGCUGCCUCGAUUAGAACUCCAAGCAGCUCUAUUGUUGGCAGAACUCUACGUGAGGAUAAAGGACGUGUUUGGUACCCGAAUCCAACAAACCAAAUGGUGGACUGACUCGCAGGUCGUACUUGCCUGGAUACGUUCCGACAACUCGAAAUGGGACGUCUUCGUGAAAAAUCGGGUAGGCAAAAUACAGACUGCGACCGACGCCAACGACUGGCAUUAUGUGCCAACGAAGCUCAAUCCUGCGGACAUCGUAUCUAGAGGACUUCCUGCCAGCAAAUUGGUGAGAAAUGAUACCAUGAGGUUCUGGUUAAACGGUCCGGACUUUGUCGUUACAGAUUUAUGCCCACAGCCUAAUAUUGAUGACGUUGUCAUAUUAGAAGAGGUUGCACCGCUACCGCAAUUGUUAACGGCAACUGUAGGACCGGAAUGUGAAGACUUGGUGGCUCAGUACAAGUACCACAACUCCUUCAUCAAGACGCGACGACAUUUUGCAUGGCUAAAUAGAGCCAUCCACAACUUCCGGCUAAAGUCAGCGAUGCUACGGGCAACUACCUCCUGCGUGGAAAAAAGAUACGGGCCUCUACUAUUGGAUGAGUUGGAAGAGGGACUCCAGCUAUUACUGCGUGUAAUGCAAGCUACGUCCUUCCCAAAUGAAACACAACAAAUGCAUAAACUGGGAUACGUUGUUUCUAAGGGACCCCUUCAACACCUUAACCCUAUAGUAAGGAAUAAUCUGAUAUGCGUACAGGGACGAUUGGCGAAUGCGGAAAUGACGGAUGGAGCGAGAUUGCCGAUUCUAGUACCGAAGUCCCAUCCCUUUUCUCGCACCAUCAUCCGAUACUUGCACGAGCACAACUUCCACGCCGGAACGGAACUAGUGAUGGCAGAAUUUCGGACACGAUUCUGGAUGCGAGAUCUUCGACGAACAGUAAUCGGCGUGUUAUCCCGAUGUGUUGUAUGCGUGCGUGCCAGGCCUAGGCAAUACGAGCAACAAAUGGGUCAACUACCAGCUGCCCGGGUGCACGUGUCUCCUGCUUUUACCCAUACGGGUGUGGAUUUGUGUGGACCUUUCGACGUAAUCCCACAUACCAAAUCGAAGCGGCGGAUUACAGUCUUCGUGUGUCUAUUCGUCUGCUUCACGACUAAGGCGAUCCACCUGGAAGUGGUUGAAAACCUAUCUACGUCUGCUUUCAUUUCAGCACUUCUUCGGUUUGUUUCCCUACGUGGGAGACCAGAUGCGAUCUACUCGGACAACGGCCGCAACUUCGUGGGGGCGGCUAAGGAGUUGAGUUCGCUACGCAAGGCAUACAACAAUCGCGCCUUCCAGGACGAGCUCGUGGGCUUAGCUGCCGAGAAGGGAAUCCGGUUUUCCUUCAUCCCACCGCGGAGCCCAAAUUUCGGCGGUCUUUGGGAGGCCAAUAUAAAGACCACUGACAGCCAUCCACGCCAGUCCAUGGACCAUAGAAGCGCUCACGCCAGCGCACUUCUUGAUCGCUCGAGCAUCCUUCUCUAUUCCCGCUACCAUCCAGGACGAUGACACGGACGGUGUCAAGACGAGAUGGAAGCGCGUGCAAAAAUUGGCUCAGCAAUUUUGGUCACGCUGGCGAGCUGAGUACCUGUCGCAGCUGCGAUGUAACGCCAAAUGGACGAGACGA